CAGCGAGGGCCUGGUUUGAGACCGGCUUUUCUCCAGCUCAAAUGGCAAGGUCGUGGGAGUAGCCUGGGCCGCGAAGCUGCUUUCACGGCUCUGGUCGCUGAAUGCUGGAGGGUGGCGGCGGAGUGACUGUGUUCUCCUGCCUCAUGACCAAAAACAUCUGACUGCCAGUAGAAGAAGGAGUUUUGGGAGAUUAAUGGCGGUACCAAAGGACGAGUACUUAGUGCUUUUUGACUUUGAUGACGAAGAAGAUGAUCCAAGUGUUUCUGAGAAGGCUCUGCCUGAAGUGUUAACAGAAAAGAACCCAGUAUUUAAGAAAGAUAAGAGGAAAUGGCCUCCUGCAGAAGCAGAUGAAGAUAUGGGAGAUGAAAUACACACUAUGUUGGAUAAAUUUGGAGAUGAGAUUAACAGUUCUCUUCUUAAAAAGAGAAGAAGAGUGCAUAUGUUCUCCAAAACUAUUUCUGAAGAGAGUAGCAACAAAAUGAAGCAAGUUUGGAAAACCAAAGAAGAGCAAAUGCUGCAAGUUAACAAUAAGUAUUACCAGCAGUUUAUGGAUCUGUUUAAUCAGUGGGAUUUGGAGAAGCAGAAAUAUGAAAAACAGCAAAAAAACCUAAUGAAGAUUUUCCAACAACAGCAAAUGAUGCUAAGAAAUUGUAAAAUUAAACAGAACCAGAGAGUGAAACUAAUUUUACAGAAGGUUACACAAUACAUAGAGAUUUUGAAGAACAUGGAGGGUAAGAAUAAUAAUGUACAUACUGCUUCAUUCAUUGAACUUAAGAAAGAAAUAGCUGAGUAUCAAAAGAAAUACAUGAUAGAAACUCAGCAGCAAGAGAUUGCAAAUAUUCGAAAGUCUCUUCAAUCCAUACUAUUUUGAUGAUUCUUUGAUGAAACCUUGAACCUGUCUGGAGCAAUUUAAUUCUAAUGUUUAUAAAAGCAUGUUUUAUGGUAGAAAUUCAGGUUUAAAUAAAAUGAAAAUAAGCAAAUGACUAGCACCUGUUCUGAUGUAUUAGGGCUUUAGCUCUUUUGUUGUUAGUGAGAUUUUUUUUCUCCAAAAAUGUGAAUUAACUUUUGUGAAUAAAAGUAGUUGGUUUUUUUCCUUUUA